UAAAGCUUGAGUGCGCCAGUGGUGAUUGUUUUUACCUAAAUGAAAAUUAAUGAGAUUUUUUGUGUUUUUUCUCUUUAGCCAAGUAUCCAGAGAUCAAGGCUCUAAUGGGACCAGAUCCACAUUUAAAGUGGAUUGUAUCUGGAAUGGUUUUUGUGCAGUUUCUAGCAUGCUACCUGGUGAAAGACUUAUCCUGGAAAUGGGUUUUCUUCUGGGCUUAUGCUUUUGGGGGUUGCAUCAACCAUUCACUGACCUUAGCCAUCCAUGAUAUUUCACACAACGUUGCCUUUGGGAACAAGCAGGCCAAGUGGAACCGAUGGUUUGCAGUCUUUGCCAACUUGCCCAUUGGAAUACCUUACUCUGCCUCCUUCAAGAAAUACCACAUCGACCAUCACCGAUAUCUUGGUGGGGACACCCUCGACGUCGACAUUCCCACAGACUUUGAAGGCUGGUUCUUCUGUACACCGCUUCGGAAGCUGCUUUGGCUCUUCCUCCAACCUCUGUUCUACAGUCUGAGACCACUGUAUGUGAACCCCAAAGCAAUUACCCAGAUGGAAAUUUCUAACGCUCUUGUGCAGUUUUCUGUAGACCUUAUAAUCCACUACCUUUGGGGGCUCAAACCUAUUAUUUACUUAAUAGCAGGUACAAUUCUUUGCAUGGGUUUACAUCCCAUUUCUGGGCACUUCAUAGCAGAACACUACAUGUUCUUAAAAGGGUAUGAAACGUACUCUUAUUAUGGACCUCUGAACUGGCUCACCUUUAAUGUAGGCUACCACAUGGAGCACCAUGACUUCCCCAGCAUUCCCGGAUGCAAACUGCCUAUGGUGAAGAAGAUUGCAGCAGAAUAUUACGAUAACCUCCCACACCACCAGUCCUGGAUUCGAGUUCUUUGGGCAUUUGUUUUUGAUGACACUAUUGGUCCUUAUUCAAGGGUUAAAAGACUAUGCAAACGGGCAAAAGAAAGUUAUUAGAAUAGCUCCAGCUGCUGCACUGGUAUUUUGUUUGUUUGUUUGAAUGAAUGAGCUGAGUUUUCAGUAACAGUAGAAGGAUGUGUGUGUCUGUGUGUGUGUGGGGGAGGGUGUGUGUGUGUGCUGAAAUAGCAUCUAAGGGUGCUUAAUGUCUCCCUGGAAGAAGACGAUGAAAUGUUACCGUGAUGCACUAUUUUAGUAUAUUGAUACUUUUAAAUAAAGGAUAUUUGUUUAUGUAACACUGAGAAAACAGAUUAGAGAGAGCUAUGCUUAUGUGAAUCUCUGGUCUACACUUAAAAUUAACUUCCUCGUCCAGGGCUAAGCAUGUCUGACACUGAGUUUUGGCCUGGUCUGCAAAGGAGAGUGCUCUCUCUCUCUCUCUCUGUGUGUGUGUGUGUGUGUGUGUGUGUGUGUGUGUGUGUGUGUAUAUGUAUAUUUUGGGGCUGGUUUCUCUACACGCCAGCUUAGAUGUAGCUACUUUGCAUGCACAGGACCACGCAAGCAGGGCUGCCUGGCAUGCAAUAGUAAAUUAUAGCUUCUGUGAGAACCUAAGGGUACUUUUAGCUUGAAGUCUUGUCUAAUCCAGUAUCUUGCUUCUGACAAUGGCUGGUAGUUGAGUUUCGGUGUAAGAAACAGAAUAUGUACACCUUUGGUCAUUAUUUUAGUAGCUGCUGUUUGACCUUUAUUCCAGGACUUUUUCUAAACCUUUCACGAAUCCAUUUCUAUUCUUGGGAUCCAAUAUUCCACGUAACUUAUUGGCAUAGCUGAACUGCAAUGUGGAGAAAAACUUCCUUCUGUCUGCAGUGUGCUGCCUGAUCAGUGAAUUGGAAGUGCCAUAGCUUGGGUUUGAGGAACUGUGAGUAGGUCUUUCCUAGCCACCUCUUCAAGAGUAUUCGUAACUUCAUGUUCCUCAUGUUUUUCAUCACUGGAAGCCUUUUUGGGGAUGGAAAGAUUCUAAUUUUAAUCGCUGCCUACGAAAGGUGUUAGUAUUUCUGAUCUUUUUUCUUGCUUUUCUCCUUAUUCUAAUUCUUUUCUCUAAGUUCUUUUCUAUAUGCUUUCUUUUCUGUAUAUAUUAUCUAUAGUCUAUCUAUCUCCCUUCCUGAAAAUAGGAGUCAGGAGUAUCUGUGCCACUGAAGAUAUGGAUACAUUAGGUGAUGUUUCUUCCUAACUGCUUUCAGAAUAAUUGUAACUUUUUUCGCUCCCUGAUCCCAGGGAGCACUGACUUGACAUUUGGGAAGCACGCGAUACUCUGUAGCUAUAAAAAACAUCACUGAUGAUAGUCUUUGGGGGAUGUACCUGGAACACGCAGCUGGGGUUGUUUCUUUCCCCAAGCAUUUUACUUUGCACUAUUGACGUUGACCUUCAUCUGACAUUUUUAUCAGUUGGAAUAGCUAAAUCUUCCUGCCUCUCUUCUCCACCCAUCAGCUUCUGGCUAUCCUCAAUAAUUCCGUAUUGUCAUAAACCUUAAUUACCUUCCCUUUCUCCAAGCACACUCUAUGAAGAAUAUCUUGAGCAAUUUCUUGGGAAUGAGGAGUUCAGACGCCAUUUAACAACUUCCCUCCAUUUUGGAAGGAUGACUACCUACUUCUGUCCUUAGUGGGUGGAUAAAAGAGGGGUUGAAAGAUCCUCUUACAUUGUGACAGCUUAAUUUCUCAGAGUUUUAGCAAGUAUUUUUUUUCUGGAAAACCAUGUCUAUUACAAAGAAAAGGAUUAUUCUAUGUGCCUGAUGAUCCCUCAAAAUAUGCUGUUAGAUGUGGGCAGCAUGAUUUCCUCAAUUAACACAGUCUCUGUCCUUCCUAUAGUCCUGGACUCAGUGAGCCAGAUUGUCUUGCUAGUACCAUCUUCGGUUCUUUUGCUAGCUUGCCUGCUACGUCAGGGAGACCAGCUGGCCUGCAGCUCUUGCACUUCCUUGUCCUCCAUUUCUUUUUCCUCUGAUUUCCGUAUCUGUCUGAUCUGAUUUUGACACAAGGGCAAAUACCCAGGCUUGCUCAAUGGUGCAAGAUCCCUUGUGACUCUGAGGCUGAAUAUUAGUUCAUUGACAGAUACUGUUUUUCCUUGUGGGCUGGGUUUCUUGAAAAGGAGAGGAAGAACAGGACUUCUUCUGACACGUCAGACUUGACUGGCUCUUCAGGUGCCUUUUCCCCAAAGAACGCUUUGCUGUAGGAACCUCUAUUAACUUCUUCCUAUCAAUACUCACCUCAUGGAGCUUCACUUUUCUUUUAAUUUGCUUCAGUGCUGCUGGCUCUCCAUGAUGAACUUCCCUUAGCAAGCUGUUCCUCAGUUUUCUUGGCCAACUUUAGCAAGUUAAUAUAAAAGCCAUAAUAAAGUUUAUGCCAUCUUCCUCAUUCUGACUAUUGUACUUUUCCUUUAUGUAGAGUGACCUUCUGCCCUGAAGUCUGCUUACUCAGCUGCUCCAUGAUGCCGUCAUCUAUGUGAUCUAUAUAGACUCGUAGGCUAGCCUGACACAGAGGCUACAGUGUAAACUGAGGGUAACCCCACUUGGCCACUGCUUUCUUGGCCUGCCUCCCAUUGGCAUUUCAGUUCCUAUCCCAAAUUUCCAUGCCUGGGCAGCACCACAGCCCUCCUGCUCUGCUCUCUCCAUCUAAGUAGGAAUUUCAAGUUGCUGGAACUUCUGGUGUUUGCAGAUGUGCAGUGUGAGCUUGCUCUUUCUCACGUAUGCUUUAGGCUGGUGCUGCUGGGGAAAGCUGGGAGCCUGUCUUCUCCUUGGGCACUUGCCCUUGCUUCAAUGAUGCUGGCAGAAGGGUUUUUUUGUUUUGUUUUGUUUAUUUUUUUUGGUAAACACAGG